UGAAGCUAGGAGCGAUUCACUUCUGCCUAACUAGUGUUUUCCUGCAUUUUCUGAAAAAGAUUCAGAAUUUCCUUUGGUGUACGGUGCUUAGUGUCUUGUUGAAAUGGAUCUAAUACCACCCCUUGCUGUACAAGCCUGCAGUGUUCAGUCCUUAGAAGACUAUGAUGGACCACGAGCCCCACUCCUCCGACAAGUCUCCCUGGAUGAGGAGCGUCGUGAGGACUGCCUCGGACAUUGGAGAGGACCAGAACUCCAGGGGGAGGAAGAGGAGAAAGGCGUGAGGCUGUUCAGGGCGUUGCUACUCCAGCAUCUGAGGAUAGAGGAACUGAGGCCUCCCCCUUGUAUAGCAGCGCCAGCUAGACCUGAUCAGAGGGGCUGGUGGAUGUACUGGCGCGACUGGCGAGCUCUAGAGCGAGCAGCCAGAAGGUUUCGGGAGUCCAAAGCCCGAGCGAUGCUGUCGGAGAGAGCUGAACACAUCAACCUCCUCGGUCUGGACGAGGUGGCUUUUGAAGACAUCAUGCAGGAGCUGUGCCAGGCAUGUGCCCACAUAGAGCAGCGUGCGCUGGUGGUGCUAGCGUUCCUUUGCGAAGUGUGCGCGCGCGCAGUGCGCGUGGGCGGCUGGUGUCGUGCCGUGGACUGGGCGGCCAAGCACGUGGCCCAGUGCGCCACGCCGUGGGCCAUCAGGCAUGGGGGAUGGAGUAACGUAGUAGAGAGAGCGGGUGGUAGCCGCCGUGACGACACUCUACUAGCCGGAGCUGCCUUCGCGGCGCUUCUAGCGUUUCUACUGUUCUGCCGGACACGUCUGCGUCACGCCCUGCUAUAAGCAUCCCCACCACAAGUCCUGGAUAAACUUGGAAGUAACUACAUGACGGCAGUCUUCUCUUGGCGCUCAGACGCGGCAGUCCUUUAGAAUGUGUUCUAAAGACCGUUUUGGUGUUAGGUCUUUUUGAGAUAGAAUUUCAAGAAGACAGGUUGAAACGUGAUGUGAAUUAAGAUGAAAUUUGGAUCGGAUUUUGUAUAGAUUAGGAGUAAGAACUAUUUAUUGGAUGGUCUAAUAAGUUAAUAAAAUAUAUCGCUUACUAAUUGUUGUUAUGUUUUUAGCAGUAAAUGUAUCAAGUAAUACUGGAUGUGUGAUUUUGCGCACUUAUAGCCUAGAAAAAAGAAAAAUAGUCUCAGGGUGUUUGUUACUCGUAUCUUUAGGACCAGUGGGGUCCAAAUAGUUUUUAGAAUUAAUGUCUGUACCUACGUCAUCAUAGGCUCAAGUAAGCUCAGUUAAGGCUCUAUUUCUGUAAAGACGCUCAACUCGACGUUAACGAGUCCAACAACUGACGACUGACUGGAAAAUAUACGUGUUUCUAACAUAAUAUUGACAACUAAUUUUGUCCGAU